AUGCUAAGGAUGUUGAAUUAUUUCUGCUUUGUAAUUCAAAUGAUCGCAGGAGCUGAAAUAACAAUUCUCUCCGGGGUCUAACUAGAAUUGGAGUCAGAAUUGGGCAGAUUCCUCAUGCAAAUGCUGAAUCCCGAUGGUCGUCAAAAAAAUAUACUUUUUGUCCUGAUAAUCACGACGUUAUAUAUUUUGAAAUUGGCAGUCCUGUUACCAAGAGUAAGACUGGUUGGUGGACGUUGGAGGGGAGAAGGAAGAGUGGAGAUUUUCUUCAAUGGCAAAGUGGGAACUGUUUGUGAUGAUGACUGGGAUAUAAAUGAUGCUCGCGUAGUUUGUCGCCAACUGGGAUUUCCUGAUGCUGUUAGUGCUCCGGGCUCUGCGCACUUUGGUGCUGGAAACGGUCAGAUUUGGCUGGACAAUGUGGGAUGUUCUGGCAGUGAAAGUUCAAUUGCAGAUUGUACGCACAAUGGAUGGGGCGUAGAAAGUUGCAAUCACAACGAAGAUGCUUCUGUGAUUUGUUCAAGUAAAUAAUCUACGCAAACAUCCUCAAUGUAGCAUUUUCUCGAAUUCUUUAAAAUAUGUUGUAGUAGUAAAUAUAUAAAGAACUUAUACAAAAUAUUUCUCCAGCGUAGAGCUGAUCUGGAAUGCGAUUUGAAUUUGACUCGAGCUACAGGAACGACUAACGGAAUCAUUUCUCAAAUGCAAUCUUCGGGGGUACGCUAGACCUCCCUGAUAGGAAUGAUACUGAAUGUUAUAAAAACAUUUAACAUUGACGUUAACCAUUCCGCUUCAUUAACUACGGACAAAUUCUAUAUUGCCUGUUGUCUUUAUAAGAUGUUAUAAAAGAAAUGGUAAACGUUGUAGUUGUGCGAUCAUGGAGUUAAAUGGAUGCACUUAAUUGUGAGGGUUCCUGUGCACUCAAGAAGCUACAACGUAAAAAAAUAAAAUGAAUCAAAUUCUCAUGCUGGCCAAUUGUCUUGGUCCCUUUUAGAAUUAAGGCUGGUUGGCGGAAACUGGAAAGGAGAAGGAAGAGUGGAGAUAUUCCACAAGGGCAACUGGGGAACUGUUUGUGAUGAUGGCUGGGAUAUGAAGGAUGCUCUCGUAGUUUGUCGCCAACUGGGAUUUCCUUUUGCUGCUAGUGCUCCGGGCUCUGCGCACUUUGGUGCUGGAAGCGGUCGGAUUUGGCUGGACGAUGUCUAUUGUUCCGGCAUUGAAAGUUCAAUUGCGGAUUGUCCGCACAGAGGAUGGGGCGUAGGGGAUUGUGAUCACAGUGAAGAUGCCUCGGUGAUUUGUUCAGGUAACCCU